UGAAACGUAACGCUGCUUAGUGUAACGUUAUUUACCCAGGGGAUGGGUUUCAUGCAGAUUAAUGGAGCUUUUUACUUACAGAUCUUAGUUUGAGGUUUUUUUGCAACAGGUCAAUCGCUGAAUUUAAAUCGUUGAUGUACAAUAAAUUCAGUGGCUGCCGGACAGAGACCAGCCUCCCCUGGGUCGCCUCUGUAGCGCCCCCCUACAGCCCGAAAACUUUCCUCUCUCGAAGUGAUUUCCUCCCCUGUUUUUACUUCCUGUUUUCAACGGGAGUCACUUAGCUCAGCUCCUUUCAUUUCAACUUUUGCUCCUCUUCGCCGUUCUCUGCUUUUUCUUUUUUUAUUAAUCCUCAUCUGCUUUCGCUUCUUUUUUUCCCAUCAAGUUGCUCGAGCGCAGUCUCUCCGUCUCUUCUCUCGAUUUUUUUUGCGGAUUGAAGAAAAUGUUGGACUCAGUUUUAACUUCGGCCCAGAUGGAUUUUACGUAGAUACUAUUUUGUUUUGUUUUUAAAAUAUUCUUCACAUUCUUUGUGACAAGUAGUAAGAUCUAUAUUUUCCUCUACUCUCUGCUUGGCUAAUUGUCCACAUUCGAUCCCCCACAGCAACAUAGUACAAAACUACAGCGAGCUAGGAAGCUACCUCUCCUUUGCCGACUCUCAGUUUGCACAGUUUUUCAGUUUGUAAAUACGUUUCAUUACCGGUGUUACUUUUCACUUUUUUAAUUUAUUUCUUUCUGAAAGUUGUAAUGGCUGACUUCCAGCGUCCGACGCUGUGCUGCUGCCGGAAGGUGCUGACGGUGCCCAGCAAGUCGUGCGAGGGCGGCCGGGGAAUGGGACACUGUCACCGGGUCGACAUAGCCUCAGCGUCCAACUUCCACAGCUUUAAGCUCCGUCAUUUCCACCUCGACCUCCGCCUCAAUUUCGCUCUAAAGGAAAUGACGGGUUGGCAGGUUCUAGAACUGGUGCCGGUCCAGCCAGGGGUGCAGACUCUGGUUCUGGACACGCACCCGUCCCUGCUAAUCCAUUCCAUAGACUGCAAGGUGCCCGGAACUGCCGGCGCCGCGGACACUUCUCUUUCGCUCACCUACCGGGUGGACCCUUUCACCGAUUACGGCUCCUCGCUUAACAUCAGCCUCCCGGCCGCCGUGAUCCGACCGCACCGGGCUUUCCAGAUCACCAUCCGCUACACAACAACAGACGGCCCUGCGAUAUGGUGGCUGGAUGCGGAGCUGACGUGUGGACAGACGAGGCCGCUGGUCUUCACUCAGGGACACUCUGUGUGCAACCGCUCCUUCUUCCCCUGCUUCGACACGCCGGCCGUCAAGAGCACCUAUUCCGCCACUGUCCGUGUUCCAGAGGGGGUAACAGUGUUAAUGAGCGCCUCACGCAGUGCGUACUCGAAACGGGACAGGGUCUUCCAGUUCUCCAUGGAGUUCCCCGUCCCAGCCUACCUGGUGGCGCUGGUGGCAGGAGACCUGCAGCCCGCAGAUAUUGGCCCCAGGAGUCGGGUGUGGGCGGAGCCCUGUGUGCUCACCUGUGCUGUCAGCAAGCUAGGUGGCAGUGUGGAGCGCUGGCUGGGCGUAGCAGAGGGGCUGUUUGGACCCUAUGUGUGGGGCAGGUAUGAUAUUGUUUUCUUGCCACCCUCCUUCCCCAUUGUUGCCAUGGAGAACCCUUGCUUGACUUUCAUCAUCUCAUCCAUCCUGGAGAGCCGUGAGUUUCUGCUGAUCGAUGUCAUCCACGAGAUCGCCCACGGCUGGUUUGGGAACGCUGUCACCAAUGCCACCUGGGAGGAGAUGUGGCUGAGUGAAGGACUGGCCACCUACGCACAGAGGCGAAUCACCACAGAGGCCUACGGAGAGGCCUUCACCUGCCUGGAGACGGUGUUUCGCCUGGAUGCUCUGCACAGACAGAUGCGGCUACUGGGAGACAACAAUCCCGUCAGCAAGUUGCAGGUCAAGUUCGAGCCAGGUGUGAACCCCAGCAGCCUGAUGAACCUCUUCACCUAUGAGAAGGGCUUCUGCUUUGUGUCCUACCUGUCCCAGCUGUGUGGAGACAUAAAACGUUUUGACAGCUUCCUCAGGGCAUACAUCGAGCAGUUUAAGUUCAGCAGUGUUGUGGCUCAGGACCUGCUGGAGUUUUUCCUUGGCUUCUUCCCUGAGUUGAAAGAGAGCUGUGUGUCCCAAAAAGAGGGACUUGAAUUUGAGCGCUGGCUGAACGGGUGUGGCCCCCCUCUGUGUGAGCCGGACCUCUCUGCUGGGGGAGCUCUGACAGGCCCGGUCCAACGACUGUGUGAGCUGUGGGGAUGCGAUACCCCCGAUUCCCAGGCCAUCGCGACCUUCGACCUCACCUCCUGGAGCACCUUCCAGACUGUGCUGUUUCUGGAUCGAUUGCUGGACCGAUCUCCUCUGCCCCAUGAGGUGAUGACCCGCCUGUCGUGCUGCUACUCUGCACUCUUGGACGGCAUGAAUGCGGAGGUGCAAAUCCGUUGGCUGCAAAUUGUGGUGCGGAACAGCUUCUAUCCUGACCUGCCCCGCGUUCGCAACUUCCUGCACAAACAUACAUCUCGUAUGUACACAGUUCCACUCUAUGAGGAUCUGUGUUCAGGGGUGCUGAAGUAUUUUGCAGUGGAGGUGUUCUAUCAGACCCAGAGCCGUUUACAUCCCAACCUCCGUCGAACCCUCCAGCAGAUCCUAUACCAGACUAGCGCUGUCCCCACAGGGACUGCCUCCCCCCUGUUGCCCCCACCUGCCACAGCACCUGCCCCCACUGACCCCCCCACACCUGGAACCAUUGCCCUACGAGAUGUCAAUGUGUCUGCCUGAAACACCCAGAUCGACGGAUGGACAGAUGGACAAGUGGAUACAAUGCAGGAGAUUGCCAGUGAGAUGGACUGGACCUGGAGUAGCAGAAGAACUGGACUGGACAUAGCUGCAGUGUCUGUCAGGUCUGAAGGAGGCCAGGAGAGAGAGAGAGCGAGAGGACCACAACAAGCACUCACACAGGCACAGAAGUACACACAGACAUGCAAGUACAGUCACACACAGGCAGAAGUUUUAUUUAAUGUGUUGUUCUUUCACGUCUGACUUUUGUAAGCUAACUUUUGAAGCUGCUCUAGCACCGUCUGUCUGUCUCUGUCUGACUGUAUGUGCGUGUGUGUUUGUGUCAGUCAGAAGAAUGCCCAGACCUAAACCUUGAACAAGAGCUAUAUGUGGGUCUGGGCAUAUGUGUUAUGUGUAUGUGACUCUGGAACAGUCCACGCCUAGCUAAUGUUAUUGGGUAACCUAACUAGAUUAGGUUAUUUGUUGUCUGCUCUGACUUGAUACCAUUAGCACAACUGACUAUGCUCCAACACAUAGUCCUGUCAACUGCCUAGACCAGGUUCAGAACCAGCUGCUGGAGAUUCUCUCACAGUGAGUCAGAGGCUUAAGGUACUUCUGCUCAGAAAAUAGUAUGACAGAAGAGAUAUGUAUGAAUAAUUUCAUAAAGAAGCCAGAACUGUACCAUUUAUGUUAAACACUACAUUAUCAAUGAGAUAAAGUAUGUUCACUUGGAGUUCAGAAUGGACACACCUUUAGGAAUGAUGCUGGAAAAACCUCACCUGGCCUUUCCCUGUCCUUACCAACCUCCCUAACCUCCCUCCUGUAUACCUGGUGCUAACUCCUCCCACCAUGCAAUCUCAGGUAUGCCUCUCAAGAGGGAGGGGGUGGAGCCACAUAGGUGCCUUUUGAAACCCUGGACUCUGUGUGGUAUCGGUACUUUGUGCCCUUAGCAAGUGAUCCUGGUACAGGAUCAAAUUUUUACACUAAAUGGUCGGGAUUGGGAUUGGGGAUGGGCAAGAUGAUCUUAGAUCUCUUGUCAAGUGCAGAAAGUACCUAGUUCUCACAGCCUUAUAUGGCAGCAGCCACACCUUGCAGUACACACAUCUGGAUGGACUCCUCCUAUAUGCUGACUGUCUCCUCCCAUGUGUCAGAUUCUUUUGUGAAUGGCUGAUGCAAAGGUUUUUUUUAGGGGAAGUUAAUCAGUGGGGUAAAAUUUAGAGAACAAUGAAGUAAUUAUGUUAAUUGAGUGCAUUUUCCCUUCACUAUUAUGAUGAUUUCCCUUUUGUUAAUGGACCAUAUACCCCAGGAUUAUGAUCGCAAGGUCAGUGGCAGUAUGUCUGUGCUGUAAUAGCUUCAUUAGGAUUGUAUAGGGUGGGGCUUGAGAGGGGAGGAGAACAGCGCAAAGUACAUCUGUCCAGGAGCCUUACUGAUUUGCACAAAUUGAAA